UUUGGUGUUACCACAGAAAACAAAUCUGCGUUAGUAUGGAAUGAGUAUCUACGGAGCGUAGAAACGUUCCGUAUUUUUGGUCUUCGUUACCGUUUCGUAUACCACACCAUAUACAUACCAUUACCAUGCCACGGUUCAAUUAUUACCAGUCACUGUGCAUUAUUGUUGUUGAGUAGUAACACAAACCCUUCUCUUUCUCUUUCAAUUUCUCUCUCUCUCUCUCACAUCGCAUUCUCUGCUUCUACUGAAAUCCACCACCAUCCACAUGAAUGUCACUCUCACUUCACUCCCCUCUCUUCCCCAACCCUUCUAAUUCCACUGUUCAGCUUCGUUUCGCUGAGAUCUGGGAAGCUAGGGUUCGUACUUAGGGUUGGUUGCUUGGAUUUGGGCGUGGUAUGAGAACGAGGAGGUUCGGGUGUUGCAUUGGAAGUGGCUUCGGAUGAUGUUCUCAGGUUCGGUUUGGAACUUCGCGUGUUAUAGCUCCAAGCAUGAAGCUCUCUUCUUCUGGAUUUAAUCAACCGCCUGAAGAAGAAGGGGAGAAAAAAUGUUUGAAUUCUGAACUAUGGCACGCUUGUGCUGGCCCUCUCGUUUCUCUGCCUCCAGUUGGAAGUCGUGUAGUCUACUUUCCUCAAGGUCACAGUGAGCAGGUUGCUGCUUCAACUAACAGGGAAGUAGAUGCACAUAUUCCUAAUUACCCUAACUUGCCACCACAACUUAUCUGUCAGCUUCACAAUGUGACAAUGCAUGCAGAUGCUGAAACAGAUGAAGUAUAUGCUCAGAUGACUCUGCAACCUCUAAGUCCACAAGAGCAAAAGGAGGUGUAUCUGCUGCCUGCAGAAUUGGGUACUCCCAGCAAGCAACCAACCAACUAUUUCUGCAAAACAUUAACUGCAAGUGAUACCAGCACUCAUGGAGGAUUUUCUGUUCCUCGAAGAGCAGCUGAAAAAGUCUUCCCUCCUCUUGAUUAUUCACUGCAGCCUCCUGCUCAAGAACUGAUUGCCAGAGAUCUUCAUGAUAAUGAAUGGAAAUUCAGACAUAUAUUUCGAGGUCAGCCCAAAAGGCAUCUUCUUACUACAGGGUGGAGUGUCUUUGUCAGUGCUAAGAGGCUUGUUGCUGGUGAUUCAGUCCUUUUCAUCUGGAAUGAAAAAAAUCAAUUACUCCUGGGCAUACGGCGAGCGAAUCGUCCACAGACUAUCAUGCCAUCAUCAGUUCUGUCAAGUGAUAGCAUGCACAUUGGCCUUCUUGCUGCUGCAGCUCAUGCAGCUGCCACAAACAGCCGCUUUACUAUAUUCUACAAUCCUAGGGCAAGCCCAUCUGAAUUUGUCAUUCCAUUGGCCAAAUAUGUUAAAGCUGUGUAUCAUACACGAGUUUCUGUUGGCAUGCGAUUUAGGAUGCUCUUUGAAACAGAAGAAUCAAGUGUUCGUCGAUACAUGGGUACCAUAACUGGUAUUAGUGAUUUAGAUCCGGUCCGCUGGCCAAAUUCACACUGGCGCUCUGUGAAGGUUGGAUGGGAUGAGUCUACUGCAGGGGAGAGGCAGCCAAGAGUUUCGUUGUGGGAGAUUGAACCUUUGACAACAUUCCCAAUGUAUCCAUCUCCAUUCCCCUUAAGGUUGAGGCGCCCUUGGCCACCGGGCCUACCUUCUUUAUAUGGUCUCAAGGAUGGAGACAUGGGCAUUGGUUCUCCAUUCAUGUGGCUCCAAGGUGGGCUUGGGGAUCAAGGAAUGCAAUCUUUAAACUUCCAGGGGCUUGGUGUUACACCAUGGAUGCAACCUAGACUUGAUGCUUCUAUACCAGGUCUCCAACCAGAGUUGUACCAAGCAAUGGCUUCUUCUGCAUUCCAGGAAAUGAGGACAAUGGAUCCUUCAAAAUCUUCCCAAUCUCUGUUGCAGUUCCAGCAGACUUCAAAUGUUCCCAGUGCUCAUACCUCUGAGGUACAGAGGCAACUAUUACCACAGUCUCAGCCUCAAAACACCAUUCUACACAAUUUUCAAGAAAACCAGGUGCCUGCUCAGUCACAACUUCUGCAGCAACAAUUGCACCGAUACCACCCAUAUAGUGAUCAACGGCAACAACAGCAGCAACUUAAAAGCUUGCCUGUUCAGCAGCAGUUACCAAAUGUCAUCUCUCCUUUAUCUAAUUUUGCAUCAGGUACCCAGUCUCAAUCUCCUCCCUUGCAAGCCCUGGCUUCACAUUGCCAGCAGCAGAGCUUUCCUGAACCUAUCAGGAAUCAUAUUUCCGGCUCUGAUGUUUCCCCGAUCCAGAGUCUACUAGGUUCAUUCUCCCAGGAUGGAACAUCCCAGUUACUUAACUUAAAUGGAUCCAAUUCUGUUAUAUCUUCUGCAGCCAUAAUAUCCAAGCAAAUAACUGUUGAACCUCAACUUCCAUCUGCUGCUUCUCAGUGUGUAUUGCCUCAGGUAGAAAACUUGGGAACAUCACAAUCAAAUGUUUCUGAACUAGCUGCCUUGCCUCCAUUUCCUGGAAGAGAACAUUCUGCUUACCAUGGUGCUGCUGAUCCUCAGAGCAAUCUUUUAUUUGGGAUUAACAUUGAUCCCUCUUCUCUUAUGCUGCAAAAUGGAAUGUCAAACAUCAGAAAUAUAGGCAAUGUGAAUGAUUCUUUAUCAUUGCCAUUUUCUGCUUCAAAUUGUGGUGGUGCUACGGGCACUGAUUUCCCCUUAAGUUCAAACAUGACAACUUCGAGUUGUGUGGAUGAAUCAGGCUUUUUGCAGUCUUCUGAAAAUGUAGACCAAGCAAAUACACCAACUGGAACCUUUGUUAAGGUUCACAAGUCAGGGUCCUUUGGAAGGUCACUGGACAUUUCUAAGUUCAGCAGCUAUGAUGAGCUGCGCAGUGAGCUUGCUCGCAUGUUUGGCCUUGAAGGCCAACUAGAGGACCCUAAGACUCAGAGAUCAGGCUGGCAGCUUGUAUUUGUUGACCGGGAGAAUGAUGUCCUUCUUCUUGGUGAUGAUCCUUGGCAGGAGUUUGUGAACAAUGUGUGGUACAUAAAGAUACUAUCUCCACUAGAAGUGCAACAAAUGGGCAAAGUUCUUAGUCCUUCUACUUCUGCCCCAGGUCACAAACUUUCUACUACUGACAACUCUUGUGAUAAUUAUGUGAGUCAACAAGAGUUGAGAAGUUCGAGAAAUGGCAUGGCAUCAAUGGGGUCUUUUCACUACUAGGACAUUCUCCAUGUAAGGAAUAUUAGUUGAAAAUUAUGGUGGCAGAAUUUUAUGUUACAAGUUUCUUAUGUAUGGAUUGGCCCAGCAUUCUUAUACACAUUAAUGGUUGAGAUGUAGUGAUUUUUCAAGCUCUAUAUAGAUCAACAGCAAAGGACUGUAAAUUAUAAUAGGUGACCUUGUUUCGGUAAUGUUUAGUUGCUUAUAGCAGUUAUUAAUUAUUAUCUCAUUUUGUUCUU